UUUCGAAAAGUACAUUUUAACAGCAAAUGAAGUGAAAUGAGUGUACAGGACAAACAACAACCCGUCGACCCCAAUCCCGAAUCCGAGGUAGUGCCACCGCCUCCACCAACAGCCGCAGGAAGACCCCGGCCACCCACUUCGCAACUCUUUUCGCGCGGUAAUCUGGUAAGCAGUCGGGCAGGCGGUGGGGAUAAGACAGCGCUGGCCAGACCAUCCACUGCGGUCCGGGCCGUGGGCUAUGCGGCCAACAGCAGUGGUUCCGCUGGCCAAAGGUUCGAUCAGUUCUUUCUGGAGAAGGCCAAGCAGCAGACACUCUCCUCGGCCAAUGCAGCCGUAGAUGCAGCCAAGGAAGUCAAUCCCCAGAUUAAGUACAAAAAUCUAGAGGCAAAGAUUGUGAAGCUACUGGAGGCAUCCAUUGUAUUGACCUCACGGAGUGCCAGCGGAGACAUCAAUCCGGAGGUAAAGUCUGCUCUGGCGGAUGCAUUAAACAAGGCCAAAGAAGCCUUCUCCUUGGAUCGAACACUGCACCGCUUUCGUGAUCAGCAGGGGGAGAAUGUGUAUCACAACUUUGAUUUGACUUAUGCUGUCUUUUUCAAUCUCGCCGAGCAAUACGAGCACAGUGAUAUGCACAUCGAGGCCCUCAACACGUACAGCAUCAUGACAAAGAACAAGAUGUUUCCCCAUGUCAAUCAGCUGAAGCUCAACAUGGGUAACAUUUACUACAAGAUGGGGAUCUAUCCGAAAGCCAUUAAAAUGUAUCGCAUGGCCUUGGAUUCGGUGCCCAAGAACUUGAACCAGUUGCGUCUGAAGAUCACCGAGAAUAUUGGCGUACUUUUCGUGCGGAUGGGCUCCUAUUCGGACGCUGCCUCCAGUUUUGAGUUCAUCAUGUCUGAGCGGCCGGACAUCAAGAGCGGGAUCCAUCUGCUGCUCUGCUACUAUGCCAUGGGCGAUGUGGAGAAGAUCAAGAGUGCAUUUCGCAAUCUUUGCGAUGUCCAGGCCGUCGAGAGUGAAAGCGAUCUGGACAGUGAGAAUAAUAUUAUCAAGCUGCAACAGCAGGCCGAACAGGCAGGACAAGUCGCAGGGGCACAGGAUCUACAAAAAUCCACAGAUGGUGAGGCCAGUGGUGGUGGUGCCGAAGUGGCCGUAAUCGAUGCCGAGGGUGGCAGCACCUACGAGAAGGUACAAGAGUCCAUCAAUACCUCGGCCAAGGCAAAGAAUCGUUCUGUUCUGCAGGCCCUCAAAACGGAUGAGCUGGCUUUGUACACCAAACAAAAGAGGAAUGCCGAGAAGCGUUCCAUUACAAUGAUUGUGGAUCUAAUAUCACCUAUAAUUGAGGAAAACUACAAUGAUGGCUACAACUGGUGCAUUGAGAUCAUCAAGACAUCGAAUCUAUCCUGGUUGGCCAAUGAACUCGAACUAAACAAGGCCUUGGUCUACCUUCGACAGAACGAUGUGAAUCAGGCCAUCGAAACCUUGCAGAUGUAUGAUCGCAAGAGCGAGGGAUCCAUGACGGCCAGUGCACUGACAAACCUGAGUUUCAUUUACAUAAGUUUGGGCAACCUGGAGAUGGCCUCGCAUUGCCUGAAUCAGCUGCAGGAUAUCGGAGCUCUGGAGACAAAUGCUUUGGCCUUGAUUAAUGCUGGGAUUGUGGAUAUGCAGAAGCAGAACCUAAGCUCCGCCAGGGAUCGCUUCGAGCGAGCCCUGCAGCUGCAACCCACAAGCUUUGAGGCCAACUAUAAUCUAGGCUUGGUGGCGCUCGCUCAGCAGGACUUUCAGCAGGCAGAGGAGCAGUUCGAGCUGCUGAAGGCGCAGCUAAUGGUGCCGCACUCGGUGCAGCAUAGCCAUGUCUACUAUCAGCUGGCAAAGCUGCAAGAGCGAAGACUCAGCAAUGGCUCAGGUAUUGUGGGGAGCGGCUUUAAGCCAACAGCAACCCCUGGAGCACUGCAGGCGUAUCUGCAGGUACUGGGUAUAUCCGCCGCCGACAUCGAUUCGCGUCUGUUUGAGAAGGUCGGCUCAAUGUAUGAGCAGAUUCAGGACCAUCAGGAGGCGAACCAGUACUACAAUGAGGCCUACCGCAUCAACAUGAGCGACAUUAGCAUUGCCAGCUCCAUUGGCUCCUACUACAUUAAGCUGCAGGCCACGGAAAAGGCCCUCUACUACUACGAGCGAGCGGUUCUGGCUGAUCCUAAUGACCCCAACCUCAUGCUGCGUAUCGCCAGCUGUUUCCGCAACUCCUAUCUGCCGCCCAAGCAGUAUCUGGGGAUGUUCGAGAAGAUCUAUGCUCGAUUUCCGGAUAACCUUACCUGCGUGCGGGCUUUGAUGCAGGUGACCAAGAGCCUGGGUCUCACUGAUCUCCACGAGAGGUAUUCCCUGGACUAUGCCCGACUCCACAAGCUGCAACAGGAGCGACAGAACGAGCAACGCUACCAGCAGCAGCGUCUAUCAUCGGCUACUUCAAGCAGUAGUCGAAUGAGAACUAUCCGACCAUCGAAUGAGGAACGUUUGCAGGAAAACAGCGAUCUAUCCGGUACUAUGGCUUAUAGACAGAGUUCGGCCACGUUUUCAGUUCAACAAUUUGAUCCUUUGGGUCCGCCAGCAGAGCGUCCACGCACCGGCAUGUUUCGUGGCCAACACAGCAGAGAUGAUUCCGAUGAUGAUGCGGAGAUGAAUGCCGAAAGCUUGUUGCCUAUCUAAAUGUCAUAGUUUCUUAAAAUAAAUACAUAUGUAUA